GGCGGAGGCGGUAGAGGCAGGGGCGCCUCUCCCUCUCGUCGCGAUCACGCGGCCCUCGGCGACGCCGAGCUCGCCGACUACGCGUGCGCUUUUCUACGUUUCUAUUUCCUUCCUGAUGGUUAAUCAUGUCAUGAGAUCGUCCAUAGUGUGCCCCGUUAUGCUCGAGAAUCACACCACAUAUCGCGGCAUCAUGCUUGCUUAUGAAUGCGGUGGUGUACACCUGGUUACUCCUGCAGGAUUAUACGGAACGAUCGAUUGCCAGUUAGGGUUUGUUUUUCCGAGAUUUUAUUUACUCGCAUAACCAUGGAUUAUUGGCUUUUGUACUGAAAUAAGUUCCGCCAUGGAUUGGCUUUCGUUCUGAAACUGAAACAAGUCUCGCUGAAGGAUUGGAUUUCGUUUUGAAACAAGUAUCACAUUGGAUUUCUCUACUCAAUAGAUAAUGCAUAUGCCCACAUUUGCUGGAUUUGACAAUAGUGAAGCAUAUCAAGGGGAGUUUGAAGACCAGGAGUUCUUAUCUAUUCUACUAUCAGAACAAGAGUGCCCUUCUCUGAUGCAAGAAUUGUUUGGACAAGUAACCGGAGAGCCAGCUGCCCCAACACAGAAUGAUACUGCAGCUGCAGGGGACUCAGCUGAGAAUAUAGUCACUGCACCAAUUACUUCAGAAAUUUAUGCUGAAAUAACUGAGAAUGAGUCCACUCUGCCCAAUAUCAUUGCACCGGAAGAGGAUGCUUCUACUGAACUUCAUGCUGUGAACUUCCAUGCUAUAAGGGGCUCUGACCGUGAGGAAACGAUUGUUAUGGUGCCAAUGAACAUGAUUGUAGUGGAUCAGGAUCAGGAGAAUGAAGGAAAUGCCAGUGAUCUGGAUUCUUAUCUGCGUACUGAGAAGUGGGAGCGCGCACUGCGGCUUCUGGAUCACAUGGUAGCCAAUGGUGAAGCUGAUAAUGGCGCUGUCGAAGCAGGUGCGCCCGAGCGAAAUAUCUACAAGGCCCAUCCGGAGCUCGUCUUGUGGCUUAGAGGGCAGAUCUUGUUGGAAUAAACACGCCAUGCAUGGAUGUGUUGCUGGUGUGUGUGUGUUGGCGCCAUGCAGUUGAGCUGCUGUGCCAAUCGGAGUCCAGGUCUUGGGGCAGAACGGAUGCAUGGUUGUUGCGUCCAGGCUGCAGUAUCCUAGGAGGAGGUUAGGAGCAGAGGGAGGCGCCGGUUAGCACGGGAGGUGGCCGAGUCGUCGGGAACGAGCAUGCAGGACAUUGAGGGUAGGAUCGUGCGAAUCUUGGCGAGAUGGCCGGGCUGGGAGUUCGUGGCUCCUAUGUGUGUGUCCCCUGGCUGAUAAAUAGCCUCUGUACUCCACCAUUUUCUUUUGUCGAGCCGAGUGGAAUAAGAGAAGCCAACAUACAGGCCGUUCAGCGGCCGGGGCGUUCGUCGCCAUGUCUCAUGUUCCUGUGAUCGUCCGUCGAUCCUCGGUUCCAACAAUUGGUAUCAAGAGCAAGGUUAGGUCGUCAGGAGAUACGUUC